CUGCCGCAUACCAUGAUCCUCACCAGCAUGUCCUCUUCGCAACGUCCGCCAGAAUGGUCUGCCUCAGACCGCGAGUCAUUCGCAUUCGAGAGCACCGCAAAGAGGUGGCCUAUCAUCCUCACACAGGCAGUCGACGCACUCUUUCAGGCAGCAGCCGUCCUUGAAGCAUCCUCCUCAGCUACAGACACACAAGAAAAGGUACACGAGUCCAAGGUCAUCAUUGAGCAGCUCUCCAAGCUGAAGCAUGACAUUGGCAGGGACCGCCCUCUGGAGCCUCUCCGUCAAGACUCUGGCCCUGAUGUCAAACUCUACAACGACAUUCUUGAGCGCGAGAAGCCCACCUGGUUCUCGGCCGCAUGGUUGUUUGCCGAGUGCUACCUCUACAGGCUGGUGCGCAGCUACUUCGACUUCAGCAAACAUUGGAAGAGCUAUGACCCGUUUUCUUCUCAGAAGCUCUCCGCCUUCCGCUCGUCAGGAGCAGCCAUCGAGCAGCUCUCUCAGACGCUCGAGAAGCUCAUUGGCCAACAGCAAAGCCAGGCAGGAGCAGCUGCGGCCAGCACAGAGGGAAUCAAGGUCACCUUCUUCCUUCUCGCUCAGAGCGCCCUUUGGGGCAACGCUACCGACUUGUCCCUCCUCACUUCUCUUUCUCACGCCGAUAUCCAGACUCUCCAAGCAGGCGGCAUUGGUGCAGAUGCGCAAAAGGGUCGUGAAAAGUUUAUUCUCUCCGGGCUCAGCGGCCUCGACGAAGCGUGGAAGCGCAUUGAGACUCUGCGAGCUUCAGGCGGCGGACGAGUCGACAUUGUCCUCGACAAUUCCGGCUUCGAACUCAUCACUGAUCUCAUGCUCGGACAAUGGCUCGUCGCGACCGGACACGCAAAGGAGGUCGUUUUCCACGCCAAGGCCAUGCCCUGGUUCGUCAGCGAUGUCACCCCGCCCGACUUUGCCUUUGCCAUCGAAGCGCUUCAGGAAUCUCGCUUCUUCGAGGAUCGCAGUGAUGUCCAGGCCAAGGAGAUGGCAGAGAGGCACGCCAGGGCUCGCUCGAGCAGUCGCAACCGCUUUGCUCAGGCAGACGUGAGUGAGUUUGCCGGAGGAGUCAAUCCUGCGCCGGCAGGUUCAAGGAGCUUGCAGUACCAACCCGACAAUGGCUCCGCUCCUGCGCCGGGAGAGAGUCCAGCGGGAUCACGAGUGCUUCAGGCGAGAGAGGGAAGUGUCGAGGCUCGAGGUCGCUCCAAGGAUGCUCCGGUCCCAGCAGGUUCAAGGUCGCUGCAAAUGGACCCUGCCUACUUCCAGUCAUCUCGCUCUCGCACCGUCUCGCCAAGCCGAUCCUUCCUCGUUGACUCGACGGCUCUCAGCUUUUCGGACCUUGCCAUCGUCGACGAGGAGCACAACGACAACGGCGAGGAGGAGAGAAGGGGACGUCGCCCCGCUGCUCGUACCGCUAGCCUGGGCCGCUCAGCCAGUGGGUUCCGCAGUGUCUCUCGCAGCGCGGCUUCGUCGACGGCAACGCAGCGCUUGGCUGCGACAUGGGCCUCGUACCUGCGUAGCGGCCAAUUCAAGCUCUCCGUUCCACCGACAACAAGGCUUGGCGCAGCCACUGGCCUCGAAAAGGGCGACUUUUGGACCGAGGGUGUCGGUUUCGAUGCGAUGCCAUCUGUGGCGCCCGCCUUGCUCGCCGAGCUGCGCGAGAAGAGCAACCUCGUCAUCUUCAAGGGCGACCUCAACUACCGCAAGCUGACAGGCGACUUGCGCUGGCCCUCUACUGCGCCAUUCGAGACUGCGCUGGGCGACUUGGCUGGGAAGAUCGACAUUCUGGCCCUCAGGACGUGCAAGGCAGACGUCGUCGUCGGAUUGGGUGAGGGAGUCGAGGAGAGGGUGCAGAAGGAGGAUGCAAAGUGGCGCGUCAAUGGCAAAUACGCCGUCGUACAGUUCGCAGGAAAGUCGUAGCGGCGAUGAUCGUCUUAUGCAAUCAAUUAAUUGAUGAGGAGGGUAUGCAAUGUGCCCCUCGCAAUCGUGCUCACAAGUGGCAUCGAUCCAUCUUUUCCCAAAGUGCUCGCAGCUUGCCAACCUCGUAGCUGCCCAUCUCC